ACUCAGCCUCCCUUCCCCAGCCGUGACAGCACUGGAGCCUUUCGGACACCUGGACCAUGGACCCCAGGGAAUGUGUCUGCAUGUCUGGAGGAAUCUGCAUGUGUGGAGACAACUGCAAAUGCACAACCUGCAACUGUAAAACAUGUCGGAAGAGCUGCUGUCCCUGCUGCCCUCCGGGCUGUGCCAAAUGUGCCCGGGGCUGCAUCUGCAAAGGAGGCUCAGACAAGUGCAGCUGCUGCCCAUGAAACCCAUCCAUCGUGCCCACCCCUUCCAAGGAGAGAAACCUGGGAAGUGUCUGUACAGUGCAUGA